AUGGCUUCCCAAGACAAUGUGCCAAAGACCCCAUCAAAGAACAUUGAGGAGUUUCUCCAACGCUAUCCUCAAGUCCGCACCGGCACCGCCGCAAAAGCUGAACUAGACAAUCUCCAUGAACAUGGCGACACAUUCUGCGUCAUAAACAAACUCUACGACAACGCAAUCCUGCACAAAGACUAUGACCCAGACUCUCUGAAACUCGUCUUUGCUUUCGCUUACGUCAACGAUGAGCAGGCAAUGGCUAACUAUACAGAAGAUGUUGGAGAGGAUGAUAGUGUCUUGUGCGAUUGUGAAGUCGGGAUGGAGGAAGUUUGUGAGGGCUACGGUGCCGGAUUGUAA